AACUGCGCGUCAAAGAAUUCCACUCGACGCGGCGCACAGUGGUACAAUCCGCACAAUGCACAGUCCAUAUGGAUGGCCGAGAAAGAUGGCCGCCUUGAUUCCGAGGUAUACUCUACAAGCAGCAAGAAAGCAGACAACAUGCAUCGCGGCCGUUGCGGUGCAGACGAAUCAUUACUCGUCACAACCAGAAAUCAUCACAAAUCCUACUACAGCUUCUUUAAAGAGAGGCACAGGUGGCCGUAGUUCCUUUAACGGGAUAGUAUGCACGGUGUUUGGUGCAACUGGAUUCGUUGGACGCUAUGUGUGCAAUCGCCUUGGCAAAAUUGGUACUCAGUUAAUAAUACCAUACAGAGGUGAUACGUAUGAUUGCAUGCCUCUGAAGCUCUGUGGAGAUUUGGGACAAAUCUUGUUUCAUCCGUUUCAUCUGCGUGACGACGAAUCGAUAAGAAAAUGUAUCAAGUACUCCAAUGUUGUUAUCAAUCUAAUUGGACAAGAUUGGGAAACUAAAAACUUCACUUUUCACGAGGUGCAUGUUGAGGGAGCCAGGAGACUCGCUAGACUGUGCAAGGAAGCUAAUGUUAACCACUUUAUCCAUAUGUCUGCGUUAAAUGUGGGCGACGAGGUGGAGUCACAUGUAUUGAAAGGCGGUUCUGAAUUUCUUCACACAAAAUGGGAAGGCGAGCAUGCAGUGCGAGAAGAAUUUCCUGAGGCUACAAUUAUUCGGCCGUCGGAUAUAUGGGGUCAAGAGGAUCGAUUUUUAAGUUUGUAUUGUGGAAUAUUAAGACAUCAUUUCAAGUUAGGCAGCUCAUUAACUGUACCGUUAUGGGAAAAGGGUGAAAAGACGGAAAAACAGCCAAUAGCUGUAUACGAUGUCUCCGGAGGUAUUACAGCUAUUGCAAGAGAUCCUAGAAACACAGCUGGCAAAACUUAUCAGUUUGUUGGGCCGAAACGUUAUAAACUGUCUGAAUUACUUGACUGGUUCCAUCGAAUACAGAUACGCGAUCCAGUCCAGGAAGGCUACAAAAGAGUACACUUAAAAUACUCUCCAUCUUUCUAUCUUAAAGUUACUUUGAACGAAUACAUAAGCCCUGCGUAUCCACUCGGAUAUUUACAGUGGGAACGUAUAGAAAGGGAAGCUAUAUCUGACGUAGUAUCAAAUAAAUUGCCAACUCUAGAAGAUCUUGGCGUUGCGCUAACGACGAUGGAAUCACGAAUGCACUGGGAGUUGAAACCGUACCGUAAAGAUGUUCAAUAUAUGGAGAGUGUUGGCGAGUUCGAUCCUAUUCCGGACCCACCAACUGUUCCAAUUCAUUAAAUGCUUUCUAACAAUACGCUAGAUUAUUAUAAAUAUAGAAAAUGAAAUAUGUACUCUUACUGUUAAGUAAUGCUUGUUGUAAAGAGUAUGUUGUAAAUUAAAUAUC